AUGGCGGUCUCCAACCUAGCUCCGGAUUCCGGACAAACGCUCGUUCCCACUGCGGUGCCAGCAGGAACGACUGACAUGACUGGCCUUAUGUGCACUCGGGACGUCCGCUUUAAAGGCCGAUCUGCAACCCAGCAUUCGUUUGCAUUUUUGGCCCCUGUCUUAGAAUUAGUUGCUAUUUCUUUCUUGGCAGCGUACUCAUUAUUCCAAUUUAUUUGUCACUAUUCUUCUCCUAAACUGCCUAUCUUUGGAUCAAAGUUAUAA